AUGGAAAACAAAUCGUUUGGGCUCUUCUCUGAGUUAACCCUGGAUCCCUUUGUUAUUCCACCUGGAGGAAAGUACCCCAUAUUUUUCCUUGGCAUUGCGCUUUAUUUUUUCGCCAUUUUUUGCAACCUGACCUUGUUGACUUUGAUCAUUCUAAAGAGGCACCUUCACAAACCCAUGUAUUUCAUCCUGUUCAGUCUUCCUCUCAACGAUCUGAUAGGCAUAUCUUCCAUGCUACCGAAAGUACUUUCAGACAUUGUUACAGAGACAAAUAAGGUAUACUACCCUCUCUGUGUUUUACAAGCUUUCUUGCUCCACACGUAUGGUGGUGGAAUUUUGUUUAUUCUUGCAGCCAUGUCCUUCGAUCGUUAUGUUGCCAUCUGCAUGCCGUUACGCUACAGCUCUGUCAUGACCCCCAGGGUAGUCAUUUGUAUCAUCUCUCUAGUUUGGGGUCUUGACUUUGUUCUGAUUGUAUCACUGUUCUCAUUGCAGACAAGGCUUCCACGGUGCAAAUCUGUUAUUAUGAAUGUGUUCUGUGAUAACCCAUCUCUCCUGAAGCUCGCAUGCGGAAACACGACAGUCAAUAAUAUCAUAGGACUGUUUAACACAGCUAUGAUCCAAGCUGUAAGUGUGUCUGUUCAGGCAUUUUCCUAUGUGAAGAUUCUCAUCACAUGUGUGUUUACAAGGAGGUCGGAAGCAAAGACGAAAGCUGUCAACACAUGUGUUGCGCAGUUGGUUAUAUUAAUCAUAUUUGAGAUUGCGGGAACUUUCACAAUUUUAUCUCACAGAUUCAAGAAUGUCUCAGCUGACUUGCAAAAGAUAAUGGGCAUGCUUAUAUUUCUUGUACCCCCACUUCUGAAUCCAAUUGUAUACGGGCUGUACACAAGUGAAAUAAGAAGCACGUACCUCAGACUCUUAAAAAGUAGGGUAUCAGUCUAA